UUCCCCAGCAGCCUGUUUUUAGAAGCGUCAAGUCUAUCUCAGCUGUUAUCAGUGUAAUGUCAAGCUGUGUUGUUUGUAUGUGUGUGUGUCAUGCUGUGCAGCUUCAUGAGUUCCUUUAUCAGCUGGGCAGCACUGUCCUCUCCAGACUCUUGCUGUCCUCUUUUAAUUUUUUCCAUACUUUCACACACUGGGCCACACAUGCUCCCUCUCCUGCUCUUGUGGUGUCUCUUUCUCACACACAUUCUCCUUUCUAUUUAAAACAAAUGCACACACUCAUACACGUAAAUUACUAAGCUUCUCCACUAGCAUUUGCGUAAACAAAUUUUUGGCAUACAAACUCAUUCACAUGUAUAUAAAUUAAAGCACUGGCUAUUAAUCCUCAAUCAUUGGCUCAGUCAUUGUUUAGCUUAUAACUGCACACAGCAGGCUUAGCUGAUAAGUCUGUUCACAGACAACAAGGCAGAUUAAUAGGAGGGAAGGAUUAAUACACCUAUUUUCAUACCAGCUAAGUCAUGUCUGUCUAAAUGCACCUCUUGCUUGUCUGAUUACUGCAACUGUUUACAUGCCUAAUCAACCUUAUCAAAACAAGCUUAUGGAAACAACUUUUCUCAUAUUUUUAAUUGGACAGGCAGUGGAAAACAAAGUUAGUAGGGUAAAAGAAGAGUUAACUGUUUCAGAGAAAAGAGAAGAAAAUUAUCUGCAAGCAUUAAUAUCAGGUCCACCCCCACCCACCACACACACUCACAGAGUCUCACCAUGCCUUUAACUCCACUCCAAUCUGACGAUGACCAACAUGCAGAGGCACACAGUAGAGGAAAAGAAGAUUUGACUUUCUCUUUCUCCACAGUGUGCACUAUCUGCAGCCAAAUGCAACACAUUCCAGUUCUUCACCAGCUUGUAUUUGGAACUUCAUGGGGGCAACACCAAGUUUUUGUUGGAAUGUUAAACAGAGGUAUUGAGUAGCACUGAUGUGAGAUCCAAAAUAAUAGACAUGUCUGCCGCUCAAGGACUACUCAGCAGUGUUUUCUCCUGCUCCUCUUCUGCUUCCAAAGCCGUAAACAAACAGAGACUACGCCAAACCCGGAGCCUGGAUCCUGCUAUCAUAGGACACUAUGGCACUGGAUCAGAUGGAACAUGUGAAGUACUGUUUUCUGGACCGGUGGCUGCAGAUGCAGGUGCGUCUCUGGAGUGCUUGGACGUGAAACCGUCUUUAGACACCAAGAUUCCGACAGUAAAAGAAGCCAUAAGCCCGUCCCUCUCCUCUCCCUCCAUACCUUUGGAUGUUUCACCAUCCUCCAACUUCCACUUUGACUAUGAAAUAGUGAAACGUGCCAAAAGGAAUACAACCGGAGAUUUACCACUUCUGGUGAGGGGUCCCAGUGCUGCGCCAUCUGGUAGCACCAGUGCACUGUUCUCUCCGCGGAGGUGGAUUCAAAGGAAAGUGCAGCCAUCCAGCCCUCACUCUUACGUUGUGUGCAAAUCAGAGGGUGAUUUCACCUGGAGCAGCUUGUCAGGGCGGAGCGUGCGUCUGAUGCCAGUUGACAUCCAGAGCCUGUCGGAACUAGAGAGGGCCAGGCUGCAGGAAGUAGCCUACACCCGUUUGCAUCAAGACUAUGACCUGGGAUGUCAGAUUACCAUGCCAAAAGAUGGGCAGAAAAGGAAAAAGUCACUGAGAAGGAAGUUGGAUUCCCUAGCAAAAGAGAAAAGUAAAGACAAAGAAUGCACACCCCAGGCUUUCAGUAUACCCCUCUCCCAGGUCAUUGCUAAUGACAGAACACACAGGCAGCGGCAGGACAGCUAUCGUCAGGACCCUCCACAGCGCGAGGAGCACAAGGACUCCUCUGACCUUGUCUCAUCCAUUUUACAGUUUGCCACCAAGCGGUCGUCCAAUAAGGAGCUAUCCAGCAGUAACUCCUCACUCAGUUCCACAUCAGAGACAGCCAAUGAAUCAACAUCACCCAACACCCCUGAAGCUGCACCACGAGCACGCAGGAGGGGAGGCAUGUCAGUGGACUCCAUCACGGACCUGGACGACAACCAGUCCCGCCUGCUCGAGGCUCUGCAGCUCUCUCUGCCAGCCGAAACACAGAAUAAAAAGGAGAAGCACCGGGACAAAAGGCUGAGUCUAAAUCCCAUCUACCGUCAGGUGCCCCGGGUGGUUGACAGCUGCUGUCAGCACAUCGAGAAAUACGGUCUACAGACUGUGGGGAUCUUUAGAGUGGGAAGCUCCAAGAAGAGAGUCCGGCAGGUGGGUGUUGCUCCUCAGUUUGACAAAAUUGAGGGUGUAUUUUCAGCUCUGCUGAAAGAGUUCCUCAGGGACAUGCCUGACCCUCUCCUCACCAAGGAGCUCUACACAGCCUUCAUCAACACAACAUUGUUGGACCCAGAUGAGCAGCAAAAUGUUACUCAGCUACUGGUCUACCUACUCCCAGCAUGCAACAGUGACACACUCCAUCGUCUCCUGGAGUUUCUGUCCACUGUAGCCAACCACGCCCACAAUGGACAAGACAAGGAUGGCCAGGAAAUCACGGGGAACAAGAUGACAUCUUUGAACCUGGCCACCAUCUUUGGCCCCAACUUACUCCACAAGCAAAAGAGCUCAGACAAGGAGUUCAGCGUCCAGAGCUCUGCCAGAGCUGAGGAGAGCACGGCUGUCAUCGCUGUGCUACAGAGGAUGAUCGCCAGCUACCAAACCCUUUUCAUGGUGCCUCCUGAUCUGCAAAAUGAGGUUUUGAUGAGUCUGAUGGAGACUGAUCCAGAUGUGGUGGACUACCUUCUGAGGAGAAAAGCAUCACAGAGUCCUGACCUGUUGCAGUCAGAGGAGCCCUUCACCCUGAGUGAGCGCCGUUCCUCCAGCGACUCCAACAAGGCAUCCAGUGGGGAAGUGUCCCCAUAUGACAACAAUUCUCCAGUUCCCAGCGAGCGGAGAGGAGAACCAGGGAGCCCAGGCAGCGAGCAGCUCUUUCGUGUCCCAGAGCACUACACUGUGGUGGGGCAAGUGGCUAGCUGGAGCAGAGAGCCUGGAGCUGACACUUGGCUUACCAAAGACUCUAUAUCGGAGGAGCAUGCUAACAUUUGGGGGACAUGGCACACUACACUGAAACCAAUACAUAAGGACCAAACACACACAGGUUCCCAUGGCAACAUGUCAGAGGGAAGCUCCCGCAGCUCACAGGAAGGUCUCGAUGGACUCCAUGGUGACAGCAGACAGCAGGCGAGUCUACCACGGACUAAGACAGCGCUCGGCAACGUAGAGUGCAGACCCCACCCCCCAGUCACCAGAGUGUGCACCAGCCCUCAUGCUGGGACGGGACGACCACGCCUGCAUCUAAACAUCAACCCCUCUGUGACGUCACACCACAACAGCACGCAGGGCCUCCAGCGAACAAGUAGACACAGAGUUAACCUGAGCUCCAGAUCUCCAGGCAGGGUGAACACCGGUGACAGCAGCCCUGCUGUGCCUAACGACGGCCGCUCUCCUCCCCCUUAUAACGCUCAUCAUCGACUGGCUAUUUCACAAAGUUCGCCUCAGCUCGCAACAGGUCAACAACCCCAUGUGCAGCGCGGGAGGCCGACUGCAGCGCAGAUUAACUCAGCCUCAACAACAGAGGCUCAAAUGGUGCCACAGAGCCCAGAGUGGCAGGAAUGGCAGAGGGACCGGUGGCAGAUCUGGCAACUGCUAUCCUCAGACAAUGCCGACACGCUGCCUGAAACGCUGGUGUGAUUUCAGACCAUGAACUCCAGCUCUCUAGGGAUUCUUCUCUGCUAGCCAACCAACAGCAUGAUCAGUCCCUUCCCACUGACAAUCACUCCUCAUCCUCAUAUCUUCUCUUGACCUGCCUUUCAUCCAUGGAGUCCAUCCUUUUCAUGAACCUUCUGUGCUUCUUUUAGCGCCUUGGUGUUGUUGUUUACAUGUGCAGCUCCUUCCUUCUGCAGACUUUUACAUCCAAGAGCCACUAGUACUUUUUGUUUAAGGAUGGAUGUUGAAACGUUGCUUCUGUUCCUAGCCAGUAUGCUUUGCUCAUAGUGACAUCUUGAGUCGGCAGCAUUAAAAAUGCCCUCGGCAAAUACCUCAAAAAACUAUUCUUCCACAAUGCUUCAGAAUGUUACCAUGACCAGAGUUUGUCCUGAGUGAACUCGUUCUUCUUGCCUCAACAGAGAAUUAUAGGAAAUCAACAUUUGUUUGUUAUUUUGCAAUUUCCUAUUUGUGUUUUUUUUUUUACAUUUUGAUGGUGUACACAUUAGUAACUGCUGCUAAAUGUAAACGUUGUGUGUAUUGUCAAUGUAAUUCAGCCACCUUUUUUUGAAAGAUCAAAUUUUGAUUUACUUUUCAUUAUGUUUGACUAUAUAUAUGAACAAACCAUUGACGUACAUACAAUGUAUAUGUAAAUUGAUAUGUAAAGUAUAUCAUUUGACAAUCCACCUAAAAGUAAAUCAGUUCUUUAACCAGCAGUCUAAAUGUUGGUGUUUGUCAGACUGCUGUUUUCUGUCUUUAAUAUUGAAUGUAAAAUGCUUCACUUAGGGCAAAAUGCUUGGACCUAAUUGUAAAGCACUUGUCUGUAAGUCUGCUUAUAUGUGCUCUUGUCACCUGCUGCAGGAAUAAUGUGCCAAAGUUUCCUUUUUUACGUCAUGAUAUUUAUCAUACAGUUGUGUUCAUUUCAUCCACUUGUUCAUUUUUAAGGCUCAAGAGCUUGUAACAUCAUUAGGUUAGGUGUUAGUCAGUUUGUCAGGAAUUACUGCAUAGAGGUACAGAACUAAGAAGACUCAUUUUGACACACACACACACACACACACACACACACAAGCCUUAGAAGCCUACAUAAUUUAUAUCCAAAAUGGUUUUUAAUAGUGUGUGUCUACAAAUACUACAAUGUAACAAAAAUCAUGCCAAUGUAAGAGCCAGCUUUAGGGUAGGAUUGGAUAUAUGCCAAUUAGUGUUUCCAAAAAAGUCUUGGCUUUUUAAGAUUAUGUCAGGAAGGCUCUAAGAAUUUAAAGAAUCAAGAGAAUGGUGUCAAGUUAAAAGUCCUAAUUUAUUGUACAAAAUAUUUGCUCUCAUAUAUUUUAUGUAACAAAGUCUGUCCAUCUGCUCAUCAAAGACUGUUAAAACACAAUUUGUUUUAAAUAAUAUUUGACCUAAAUCUGGAUACAUUAACUAGGGUCUGAAACUUAAUCCCCAGUGUUCAUGGUUCAGGUUCAUUAUAAAUAAUAUUGGUUGAAUUUGCACUAAAAGUAUGCAUUUUGCUAAAAUCAUAGCACGAUCAAAGAACAACUGAAAUAAGCUUUACAAUCCACUGACCAAGGAUCAACAUCAGAUACAUACAGAAUAUGAUGGUAUCAGCAGUAAAGGAUUUCUAAAAGGCACUGUGACUGAUCCACUUUAUUAUACCUCUCGUGCUAGGCUGAUUACUCCAGCUGGCUGCAGACUCAUUAGCUGUCUAAAAGGUUUGAUUCAUUUUUCUAGUUAUCAUCAAAAUCCAAGUUUACAUGAACCAGCAGCAGUCCAGCUGAGGUGCUGAAAAACAUAAAAAACUUCAAACACAGUGUUGUUGCAAAUCCAUGUGGAAUAUACUUUUUGAAUAUACCCACAAGUCCAGGCCCUCUCAAAUGUGACAGACAGUGGGUAUUUGCUGGCAAAUAUUUCACAUUUCAUGAAGUGAUAGGAUAUCUGCUGAUAUGAAACCACUUUAGAAUUAAAUGUGGAAACACUAUAUUUAAUUUGCUGUCUUCUUAUGUUGUCUUUAAUUUGUUUGUCACUUGUAAGUUGCUUUGAGGAGACAAUGGACACAAAAAGGAGGACGGUGGUGGUUAGGGUUAUGGCUCCAUCUACUGUCAGGCCAUGUGCAUUAGCAUGCUGCUGCUUGCCACUGUUUCCAUGGGAUCUAUCUGUGCUCAAAUUUAGAAUCAAAUCUUGUGAUUAGAAGCACCUUUUGUGAAAAUAAAUACAUUUGUGUGAGGAAAUACAAAUGCCACAGGUCUUGCUCUUAAAAGUGUGACUUUCUGUAUUACUUUAUUUUCUGUUGAAUGUUGCAAUACUUCAAAACAAUAUAACAUUUUUAUUCAAGAAGGAAAAAUAAGAAAAAAAGGAGUGAAUAAUCCUAAUGGUCCUAUCUUUGUGUCCCAAAACCAAGGCCGUAUUUGUCUUGUUAAUUUCACUAUAAAACUUAGUGUGCUGGUGUUUAUGUGGCUAUUUCAGUGGGGUUUACUGGGUCCAAGUUGUAAUGGAAUGUCUGGUAAUUGCUUUUGUACUGCGUGUCAUUAUCAAUAUGCUACAGUGGAAUUAAACACGAUAAAUUUUA